CAACUGGCUUUCGAGCCACGAGAGUAAUAAACAUGCAAUCGAAUACACAUAAUUAGCACCUUCUGAUUAUAAUUAGAUCGAUAAAAUUUAUUUGUCAUGUGCCUAACAUCAUUUAAUUCAAGUUGAAAUCCGAAGUCCAAGGUUAUAAACUACGUAUUGGUUUUAAACUGCAAUGUUUUAACAAAAGCAUGAUGAAUUCUAUGUCUUGGAAGUUUGGUAGAAAUUUUAAGUUGAUUAUUAUACAUGGCUAUGCUUAUAACAAACAUCAUACGAGCCUGUUCCACAAAACGAUUACUAAACGAAGUUAAGUUAGCGAAUCAAAUAGUUAAGGAAAUCAAGCCACCAAUGUAUAAGGACAGGGCUCUGAAGAUGGAAGAUCUCACUAAAGUAUACCUGUCUCCUUUACCUGAUUCUCCGUACGUGAGGCCUUUUCGCUUUAACUACGUUCAGGGAGGCAAGGAAAAGAACUGGGAUAUGCUGGCAGUACACGACAGCGUUGCUAUUAUAGUUUUCAACACGACCAGAAACGUUUUGGUAUUCGUCAAGCAAUUCAGACCAGCGGUAUACUUCAACUGCAUACCACCAAGAGACCGGGAAUGUGAGGAAAUUGAUACGUCGAAGUACCCAGCCUCGCUGGGCAUCACCCUGGAGAUGUGCGCUGGUAUCGUCGACAAGAACAAGUCAUUGCAGGAGAUAGCCAAGGAGGAAGUACUAGAAGAAUGCGGAUACGACGUGCCGCUUAGGGAACUGCAUGAAAUUACAUCAUACAGGGCCGGUGUGGGCGUUCAGGGUGCUCUACAAACAUUGUUUUACUGCGAGGUCACCGACGAUAUGAAAAUAGGAAAAGGUGGUGGCGUCGAAGAUGAGAUUAUAGAAGUUGUAGAGAAAUCAAUAGCAGAAGUAGAGACGUGGAUAUCAUGCCCGGGACCCUUGAAUUCUCCUCCAUCUUGUCUGUUUGCGUUGAUGUGGUUUUUACGACACAAAGCUGACAGAUACAGGAAGUAGGUCAAUUUGUUGAAACCAGUGUUAGCUACUAAAAUACGGUCUAAUAUUUUUUAAGGAUUGGCGCCUUUAAGGUUAAAUUUUGCACUUAAAAUACAUAAUUAGUUAAGGCUAUAUAUAUAUG